GCCUUUUGCAGAAGCAACUAUCAGUUUUGGGCAAAUAUUAUCGGUCACAGCUGUCUGUGCAACAUCGCCUAUUGCGCUCCAUGAAAUCAGAAAGAUCAUUAUGCGCGUUAAGUUUACUCUUUAUUAUGUUGGACGCAACAAAACAAUGCAUGUUUCUUGCCCCUCGUCGGUAUGUCUUCAGCCUUUUUUCUCUCUCUUUUCUCAUGUCCUUCUGUCUCUGUUUUUGCUCGGAUUCCAGUAUGCAGUCUGUGCUGUGCAUACAUAUGUAUGCAAUCGGCAAGCCACAUAGUCCACCAAUCAACACACUUUAUCUAUCACUUUCCCGUCGUCAUGGAUUUCGGGAGCCUGGUCCAUAUUAGGAAUAUAAAAAGAAAAUAGAGACGGAGGGGGGGUGGGC